UCACAGUACGACAGCAAGAAGCUCAAAAAGGCCAUUGAAAAUGUGAUCCUUCGAGCUGGGUUGUUGCCAACCGACCUGAUGAACGAUGGGAAGCCUCGUCGCUCUAAAACCUUUGUCUGCACAACCUCCAAAGAUACACUUCAAGUCACACGAAUUCGAAGCUAUUCUGCGUCAAAUGAGAUUGCGCUCCAAGCAACGAUUUGUGAGGCAGCAUUGGCAACCUCCGCUGCGACCAAAUUCUUUGAUCCGGUUUUGAUUGGCAAUCAUAAAUUCGUGGAUGGUGCAUUCGGUGCCAACAACCCCAUCGAGGAAAUAGAAGAAGAAGCUGCCGAUAUAUGGUGCACCACGAGCCGGGAGCUGAAACCAUUAGUCAAAUGUUUGGUGUCUGUUGGAACUGGCAAUCACGCACAAGUUCCCAUGGAUGACAAUGUUCUCAGGUUCCUUUCAAAGACAUUGGUCAGAAUGGCAACUAAACCUGAGAGUACUGAGCGUCGCUUCAUGGCUCGAUGGAGCAAUGAGGUAAAAGGAAAACGUUACUUUCGCUUCAACGUCGAGCAAGGACUGCAGCAAGUUCACAUGACCGCGUUUGAGAAGAAAAGCGUGAUCGAGUCUGCGACAUACGCCUAUUUGCAUCAUCGCUCACAAAAGGUUCGAGUUCGAGACUGCAUUCUGAAUCUCUCAGAAAAGGAAGGGAAGACAAGCAUUGAUUUUGAAACAAUGAUACAUGAGCAUGGGGCUCGAAUUAAUCGCCAUCGAAUUCUCCAAACCAUCCAUUCAUCAGAGAACGAUUUUGGCCGCAAAAAGGCCGCAGGCUGGUUUGUUCCAUUCGAGAGAAAUCCUAGAUACGUCGAUCGUGAAGUCGUGGUCAAGGUAAAACGCAGAUUAUUUGUCAAGAACCGAGCCGAAAGAAUUGCUAUUUUUGGCCUUGGAGGAAUAGGCAAGACACAAAUUGCCCUGGAGCUUGCUUAUCAAACACGAGAAAUCUAUCCAGAUUGUGCCAUUUUCUGGCUCCCUGCAGUUGAUAUGGAAAGCCUCCAACACGCAUACCAAAUGAUAGCCGAUCAGCUUGGAAUCGGCCUCGAUGAUACGACGCAGGACCUGAAGAUCCAGGUCAAAGAUCACCUCAGCAAACCAAGCAGCGGACGUUGGUUGCUGAUUUUUGACAACGCCGACGAGAUUGAUAUGUGGACUGGAAGCGAACCUUUAACACCCGGAGGACUGAAAGACUACCUUCCCACAAGCGACCAAGGGGCCAUUGUCUUUACCACUCGAAGCAACAAAGUGGCCCAAUAUCUUGCCAUAACAGACAUUAUAAAGAUCCACGAAAUGGACGAGCACAAAGCUACCCAUGUCUUGCGAAACUCUUUGGUUGACAAGGAAGUCCUUCACGAUGCUGAGAGCACUCUCAAGCUUCUCAGCCGGUUGACCUUUCUCCCUUUAGCCAUUGUGCAAGCUGCGUCGUUUAUCAACGAAAAUGGAACCACCUUGGCAGGUUAUGUUGAGCUUUUGGAUGGACAAGAGCAGAGCGCCAUCGAUUUGUUGAGCGAAGAUUUUGAAGACAAAGGCCGAUACAAAAGCAUUCGAAACCCUGUCGCAACUACCUGGCUUACAUCAUUUGAGCAAAUUCGACAACAGAAUUGUCUCGCUGCCGACUAUCUCUGUUUUAUGGCCUGUUUGCAAGAAAAGGAUAUAUUGGCUUCGCUCCUUCCUCCAAGUCCAAAUGUCGAACAGCAGAAAGCGAUCGGUUUGCUCAGCUCGUAUUCAUUUGUACGCCUGAGGCAUGGAGAUUCUCGCCUCGACAUGCAUCGUUUAGUUCAUCUUGCAACAAGGAAUUGGCUACAGUCAAUUGGUUCCCUCCGAGAAUGGCAAUCACAUGUGUUGCGUUGGUUAAAUGCGCGCUUUCCCAACACUGGUAUCAUGUAUCGGGAUCAAUGGCGAGCUUCGGUACCCCAUGUCAUUCGGGUCCUCACUCUGACAGAAAAAGAAGAUCCCAUUCCCGAAAGAGUCCACCUUUUACUCAAGAUAGCUGAUUGUCAAGUUAUUGAUGGAAGGAACAAAGAAGCCGAGAUCUUUUACAUUGAGGCUAUCCAGGUUUCGGAGACAUUAUACGGCCCCGAUAGUUUAGAUGCAUUCGCGGGGACGUACGGGCUGGUGAAUAGUUAUUGGCGCCAACGCAAGACGGAGAAAGCAAUGAAACUAUCCGAGGAGAUGGCAGAGGCCCAAGGAAGGCUUCAUGGUUCCCAUAGCAUCGAAACUAUGAGAGCUCAUUUCCUGUUAUCGGGUAUACACAGCCUCGCUGGCAACCAUGAUAAGGCCAGAGAGCUUUGCAGGAAAGUCAUCCCACACUAUCUCAGAACAUUUGGUCCAGGCUCUCCUGAGACACUAGAGGCUAUCUGUUCCCUGACUAUGACUUACGUCUACGAUGGACAGCUCUUGGAUGCUACGGAGUUAGCUAUCCAGUCAUUGAAUAUCCACAGAAAGACGUUCGGGUCGGACAAUAAUCGAACGCUUGCGGCCAUAUGUGGAAUGGGCGUCAUAUACCUAAAGCGAUGGCAGCUUAAAGACGCCGAAUCAUUGUUUAGAGAAGCACUUGAGACUCAAAAGCGUAUCUUCGGAAGCGAACAUCCUGAAACAAUCACGUUCAUGUAUUGGCUAGCUACUACAUGGAGUGUGCAGGUCUAUGGUUUAGAUCACGACUAUACUCGGAUUCACUACACAUACCUGGAAUCAUGGACUAAGUUCAAGUAUGUUUAG